GGAUAAGCUAUAACCAUCAAGCACGUCAGGGUUUCUCUUUUCCUGAAUCACUCCUCCUCUGCCCUCCAGCACAUACAUGCCCUCUAUCCUCAACCUCAAGUUCAAAGGUAACAAGUCUUUUGUUGCGUUCAGCAAUCUCAACGAUGCCGAGUCAUUGACGAAAACUUGGAAGGUAUGCACCAAGGUCGCCAGUUACCUCGAGCAAGGACAACGCCUUGAGAACUUGAGUUGGCGGCUAUGGCACCUCCAGAAUUUAAUUGUAGACACCGACAACGCCAAAUCCAAACGUGAAUUCAAGAAGCUUUCGAAAUGUAUGAGCGACAAACUGGACAAGGAGAAAGGACGGUAAGCUGUUACUUCAUUGCUUCUACUCGAUUGUCCCGCCAGCAACCCUAUACCCUGUACCCUGAUGGACUGAAUGUACGCUUGUAGGAGUAUCGAAGAGCUGGAAGCGCCAGAUUUUAAACGAAGUCUUUCAACAGAAAUUCUCCGACAACGCGCUGAAGAGCGUGAGCGCAAUCGAGAAGCCAGUCAGAACGCGAAGCCGGGAACGAUCAAGCGCAUGCAGUUCACGUUCAGUGUCGAUCAACCUACCCCAGCCAGUAAUGCCCCAGUUCAAAAACCGGACCUCAAACCUUCCCCAGAAUUCAACAAGCGUCCGCGGGCGGGUGCUCGAAUCGAGAAAUACGACGACAUGGUUAUCGAGGACGAAGGCAACGGCAAAGACCCUCCCCUUACACAACGAGGACGCAAAGUACCUCUUUCUCCUACUUCCUCCAACGAUUCAUCAUCAUCAUCCUCCCUUUCUGUAUCAUCAGGCUCUCCCUCAUCCGCAACUUCGAAUUCAGAAUCUUCGCGGGCCGAUCACGAUUCUGAACCGCUGGCUCUCCGUUUCCCACCUAUCUUCUCCAACGAUUUCGGACCAUCUGCUCUACUGUAUCCAUCUCCAUCACUCACGACACGAAUGAAUUACGGAGAAGGGCUCAACCCCUCCUCCCAGUCUGACGGGUUUAGCAUUCCGCGUCCGACGAUAGAACUUGCUCUCGAUGAGCUUCUUAGCUCUGUAGAUUCUCCUCGCACUUCCUCUCCUCUCCCUUUCGCCUCCUCUCUCACGGCUACGCAUAAAAACGAAGAAAAACAUAACCUGUAUACACCGAUGCUUUCUAGCUACCAACAGCAGGACGUUACCAUGCAGACCGUACCCAUCUCCACCACCCUUUCCGCUGCCUCGUUCUCAAACGAAUCCUCUUCCGAGAAUGACAACGAUAGCAGCAAUGAUAGUGACGAUGAAGCUAGUGACGAUGUCGAUUUGAUGUCGACUUCAACGUUGAGCAAUGUUCCUCCUAUUUCUCAACCUCAACCUUCCGCCGCUCUUUCAGCGCACCGACCGUUAUCACCACCUGCCACCUCUCCUACCCCGACUCCCACACAGUCCGUGUCUAAGGGCCCAGGUCGACCACCAAAAUCAGCCAAAGCCUCCUUUGGUGCCACGUACAGCGGCAACUCUUUAUCAUCUCGACGAGCUGCUCGUGCGAACACUCCUGGAAGACCGCAUCUCACAGUACGUACGCAGAGCACGCGGUCCGCCACUGUCACGCAGAUGAACCACCGCGUUGGGAAUCCAGGUGCAGGUGGUAACACUCCGACAGCAUCGGCGCUGAACAAUACCGGACCAGGUGGUGUAAAGGCUGAGUGCUCCAACUGUGGUGCUACUCACACACCGUUGUGGAGGAGAGGGUUAAACGAUGAGUUGAAUUGCAAUGCUUGUGGGUUGUAUUGCAAGUUGCACAAGCGUCCGAGACCUAGGAGUAUGAGAAAUGCUCAUGGAGAAGGUCGUUCGCAGACGGCGCCACGUCAAGAGACGGUCGACGUUGUAGCUCAAUGUUACAAUUGUCACACUACCGCUACUCCGUUGUGGCGAAAGGACGACGAAGGCAAGACGGUUUGCAAUGCUUGUGGUCUUUAUUACAAGCUACACGGCUCUGCUCGUCCAAUUUCCAUGAAGUCUGACAUCAUCCGUAAACGCUCGCGACACGAUGCUCGCCGCUCGAGUACUAGCCACAUGGUUUCCGAAACACCAUCCGCUAGUCCUGGUGUCAGUCGGCGCACUUCUCCCGUUCGUGAAUCGUCGCCUAUCCUUGCUCCCGAUUCCUCCACCUCCACCGCCAACCAGAACUCGUUGAAUUAUGAGUACAGCUCAGACGACUUCGAUUACCACCAGUCGCAAUCAGAGUUGGUCAACGCACUCGGUGGUGAUUUCAACCAAAGCGUGAACGGCAACAACUCAAGCGGUGGUGUUCAGGGUACCUAUGGUAGUCCGGACCUGAUGGAGACCUUCCAGUUCCCCGGUCCUUAUCAUCCAGAUCGUCUGCAACAGUUUACCUAUCAACCCAUUGACCCAUUACCAUUUGCCAACUCUCAUCUCGAAUACGAUAAUAGUGACUUUGGCCAUAAUAGCGGUGGUGAACUGAGCCCGAGGACCAACAAGCGACGAAGAAUGAGCGUCGAUUCUGCUUCCGAACCCCCCUCGUCAGCUGUUUCGUACAGUUCAUUCAACGAUGGAUACUCUUCGGCCACUUCAGCGACUUCCCAUUCUCAGCGUUCGUCUGUCGAGUUUCCGUUCAGCACCUAUCCUUCGGUAGGAGCUUAUCAGACCAGUGCUGGACCUGUAUUCCGAGGAUCAACCAAUCCGUUCUGGCAUCCACCGAUGAUGGUAGGGCAGAAGAACAAUUCUCCGAUGUAUCACCCACCGAUGAUGUUGCCGUCUUCGGACGAGAGCCCUAUGGAUUAUCUUCAUCCGCCUCUCCUACCCCCGGAUGAGGACGCAUUGUUCUCCACCUACCUUCACCCACCUAUGAGUCUUCCUGAUUGGAAUGACAACUCGAACAACAAUGGAAACGGUAACAACGAUAACAAUGAGCAGCGGCAACAAGGGAACCAGAACGGUGGUAACGGGGGCAAGCCUGGAGAGGCUCAAAAUGGUAAUGCCAUGCAGAUGCAGGAUGCGUCGACGGAUAUCAAUCAUUUGGUCUAUCCCGGAGACUAUGUGAUGAACGACGCCAAUAUGCAGAUGUAUGGCCGCAAUUAGAACGACUCGUGAAUUUCGUCGUCCUUUCGUUAUCUUUUUUUUGCGUCCAUAUCUCUUCCGUUUCUUUGGGACUCUGCAUUGGUUCUCGGUUUUUCCCCCUUUUUCUUGGACGGUCGUUCAAUCAUUAUCCUGCAUUAUUGCAUCUAUCCAUCCUCAGCAUCACCAUCUCUCUUGGCAUCUUUCCCCUUCUUCAUCCUUCUCCCUGUCCUUCGACUCUGCUCCGUUGCUCUGAGGCUGGUUUUUGUUCCCUCGGAACUGUUGGGGUUCUCAUUAUAAUCUCUUUCGACGAAUUCAUCGCACGACGACCUACACGUUCCUAACGACCUAACUGCUCACUCACCCGACUGGAGCCCUUCUGCUUGAGCACCCCUUGCAUUGCAUACCCCCUUCCUUUUGCUUUUUAUUCUCUAGUUUCUAUUCUCUUCCUUCGGUUCUUCUCUUGUUACCUACUACACCAACCCUCCGGUAAAUUUUAUAGAUGCUUCUCAACAACGUCAACUCUCCCUUUUUCUGAUGGUUCAUCACCAGUUUAUCCAUACUCACGGUUACCGAGAGACUCCUCCCGUUUUCCCUCUCUUCCCACACCCUCCGAAAAUCAAAAUUAUUGUUGUAAAUGCCUUAACCGUUUGUUGAAACCACCGUCUCUCGUCUGUUUUACAUACAUACCAAGUUCUUACCGUUGUACUUACAGACUGUGUUUAUCUACCCUUUCCUUUACCUCCUCGUUCCCCCCAUCAACAUUCCCAAAUGUUCAACAAAUGUAAUAUCAUACAUGCGAAGGGUACGCGCGUCAUUCGGCCCCAG